UGGCACUCUCCAUCUCCUUUCCCGCGUCAUCAAAAUUCUUUCCCUCUUCUUCAACUCCUCACUCCCUAUUCCUUUCUUGCGACACUCUCCAAAAGAACCAUUCAAGCCCCUUCCUACUCACCACCACCGCCUUCUCUCAACCCUCUAAACAAAACAAACCCACAAGCUCCUUCCUUUUCCUUCCCUGUCUUAAUACUCUCCAGUUUUCUGCCCUGUUUCCAUUUCAUGCCAAUUUCUCCAUCAUGCCAUUUCUUUCUUUCUUCUUUACUAUAAUCCUUUCUCUUCUCUCCCUUUCUGUUUCUCAAUCCCCUCCUCCUAGAGGUACUUUAAUUAAUUGCGGCUCCACCGCCCCUUCCAUAGUCGGCGGCCGUCAAUGGCUUCCGGACGCUGGUUUCAUCUCCAGAGGGACUUCCAAGAACCUUACAAUUCCAGUACUCUCUCCAAUCCUCUCAACCGUCCGAUCAUUCCCUCUGAAAAACAAUCUUCACCGCAAGUCCUGCUACGUGGUUCCGGUUUUCCGCGGUGCCAAGUACAUGAUCAGGACCACGUACUUCUAUGGAGGGAUCAACGGCAACUCUGCGCCGCCAGUGUUCGAUCAGAUUGUGGACGGAACUUUCUGGAGCGUGGUGAAUACGACGGAAGAUUAUGCCAACGGCAUGGCGUCGUAUUAUGAAGGGGUUUUUCUGGCUCAAGGGAAGACUAUGAGUUUGUGUAUCGGGGCAAAUUCGUACACGGAUUCGGACCCGUUUAUUUCUGGCUUGGAGUUUGUGAUUUUGGGGGGUUCGUUGUAUAAUUCCACGGAUUUUAACCGGUAUGGCCUCAGCUUGGUUGCCAGGCACAGCUUUGGAUACAAUGGAUCCAUAAUUCGAUAUCCUGAUGAUCCAUUUGAUCGGUUUUGGGAGCCGUUUGGGAAAAAAGAUACCACUAUAUCAAAAAACAAAAAAACAUCCAUUUCCGGUAUAUGGAAUCUUCCUCCUUUGAAGGUAUUUGAAACGGAGUUGACAAGAAGUCAAUCUGGUCCCCUGGAGUUGAGGUGGCCUCUGGCUUCUCUUCGACACUCAAUGUACUACAUUGCUGUAUACUUCGCAGAUGAUCGUAAUUCAUCAGCCGGACCUUCAAGAGGGUUCAAUGUCAGCAUAAAUGGGAUAACAUAUUACAAAAAUUUUAGCCUGACACAGGCAGGCGCUGCCGUCUUUGCAACGCAGUGGCCUCUUGGUGGGCUUACUACUGUUACUUUGACGACUCCUCCUGGUUCUAGCUUUGCUCCAUUGAUUAAUGCUGGAGAGAUUUUUGAGGUGAUGGUGCUUGGAGGACUAACUCUUACAAGAGAUGUAAUCGCUCUGGAAAAACUGAAACGCAGUCUCCAGAACCCUCCACUUGACUGGAAUGGUGAUCCCUGUAUGCCUCGUCAGUAUUCAUGGUCUGGAAUUACAUGCUCUGAGGGCCGCCGGAUUCGUGUGAUUACAUUGAAUCUGACAAGCAUGGGCCUUUCAGGAUCAGUGUCACCAAGUAUUGCCAGAUUGACUGCGUUGACGGACAUCUGGCUAGGAAAUAACAAUUUGUCAGGUUCAAUACCUGAGCUUGGUUCAUUAAAGAUGCUGCAAACAUUGCACUUGGAAAACAAUCAAUUCACUGGAGAGAUCCCCUCAUCACUUGAAAGUAUUAAGAAUCUGCGUGAACUAUUUUUACAGAACAAUAAUCUGACUGGUCCAAUUCCAAAUAGCCUUACUGGAAAACCUGGGCUGUAUCUUAGGACCUCUCCUGGAAAUCACUUAUCAUCUCCAGCACCUUCUUGAGCAAGCAAGAUCAAUGCACACAAGGCAAAAGUGACACGGAUGCAUUUAUCAUCAAAGCUGAUUCCAAUCAUUGAUUGUGUUUAUAUAUUUUGCCUAGAAAUCUAUAGAGUUUUGAAAUUUUUUCUGUUGAAAGCUUUCUCUGGUAUGCUGGAAGUUUUGCCGCAUCGGCUUUCUCUGAUUUGACCUUACACAAGCUCCUCAAUUCAAGUUGGGCAUUCACAACUGUAUAGGUUUGGUUCAUAUCAAGUCAAUUUGAUUCUUUUUUAACACAGCAUAACUGAAUCAUGCCUCAACCUGUAUUAAAUUACAAGUCCAUAUGCGGUCAUUCUCUAAGGUGUAUUUUUUUUUUCUUUUCUCUUCUUCAUGUAAUAUGGAAACAACUGUUUCUAAAUUCUAUAAAAUGACAGGUUUGAUCA